AUGGGUUUAAAAUCCUCUACUCUUUUACAAGAGGAAGACAUAGAAGAGCUACAAAACGAGACUGGCUGUAAGUAUAUUUGAUUGGCUUUUUCAUUUUUGUAUUGCCCAGCCGGCGAGGUCGACUCUUCGGUAAAACUUUAUUUUUUCUCUCUGACCUUUUCGUUAAAUGUGUUCCUUUUUGUUUUUGUUUUUCAGUUUCUCCAAAUCAAAUAAGAAGACUUUAUUGCAGAUUUUCAAGUCUUGACAAGGCGACAAAGGGCACUCUGAGGUAAAAAUUAUAGAAAUUAAUUAAUAAUUUUUUUGGCAACUUGUCUAGCAAUUUUGUUGCAACACAAGUUGCCAAAAAUGCCUAAUUUCACAAGCCCUAAAGUGCAGCAAAAAUGGAUUUUAAGAACAGAGGGCACAACUAAUUCAUCCCAGUCGUUUGGGAGGCAUGCCCAUUUCAACAGGACGUUAGUGGUUUAGCCCCACAAAGAGUUCACCCCCAGUGUUUUGGUUUGUCCAUGCUUUCCUGAAACUUGGUUCAUUGAUUUUCUGAAACAUGGUUCUGUUAAUCUGCGGCAGGAUGAGCUCUGUUGGUAAGUGCUUGACUGUAGAGCAGGAGGUUGCAGGUUCGAUUCCUGGAACCACCAGACCAAUACUCGGGGUCUUAAAAUCACUUAGAAAUGAAGGUACUUCCAUGCAGAUGGCUAGACCUUCAUGUCACUCAUAUGAUUACACAACAAUGGCAGUCCUGUCUCUAUUAGGAGAUGUUAAAAUACUGUCCCCAAUUAGUACUUUCGUGCUAAAGAAAUGACUGACACUGCAAUAAAGUGUUUUUUGUUCCAUUUGGCAAAAAUUAGCUCCUUUCUUUUGAUGAGAAUCAAAGUGCUCCAUGUUUGUGCUUUUAACAGGAAAUGGAGCAGAAACAUAUGAGUGUCAAAGAUAAGAAUCUUAUAAAGAAGUAAGGGUGGUUUGGCGUUUUCCCUUUAUUCAGCAAGCUCAGUUUACAUUGUACCAAAAAGUUUUCAAAGCCUAACAGUUGGGUCUGUAGCCAGGAGGAGGGGGGAGGUGGGUGGGGGUUUUUAGGGUGAUGUAAUCAACAGAGUUUUAUACAGGGCAGCUCUGCCUCGGGAUCCAGCCCCUACCCCUUUAUAUCAUUUUUGACAGUAACGGUAUCCGUUUCGUAUACCUUCUGCUGAAACAACAACAACAACAAUGUAUUUUAUUUAAGAAUAUUAGAUCCAUAAAGCUUACAGUACUUUAUGCCUUGCAAAUAGCAAUAGCGCUAAUCUAGGCAGGACAAAAAUAUGAAAAAAGGCAUUAUUAAAUUACAGAUUUCCUCUUAUCUUUCUUGCAUUUCCUCUUAACUUCAGGAUCCAACAUUUUCCCAUCCUGCUACAACUCGUAGUAGUCCAUAGUUACUGAAAAUUGUCCGUUCUACUGAAAAAAUGGUACCCAGUUCUAGUUUUGAACUUUGCAUCUUUUUUAAUUGCUGUAAUUGCACUGUCUUUUAAAGAGGAAUAAAUAAAAAGUCAGAACAUUUUCUUGACUUUUCACAGCCAUAGAUACAAUUGUUAGCCCUUUUGGGCCUUUUUACAGACUGAAAUGACAGUUUUUCCCACCCUUUCAUGUACCUCAACGAGUGAAAAAUCCCUACUCUUUCAAAUACCUAAAGCCUGAAAAAGUUACCCCUUUUGGGCGGAGCCUCCCCGUAUAGGCCAUUAUAGGGAGUAUCUCCAACCCAGUUGUCUGUAGUGGCUUCUAAGUAUGUGCAAGUUUAUGGCAGAUCUUGUUUUGCCCCCUCUGUUAAGGUAAAAGAGGCACUGCUUGCAGAGUGUGUGAAUUUGAGGGGGAAAUUAAACUAAGGUCUCAUUCAUCUUCUCCGAAAAACAACUCAUCUAAAUUAUGAGUUAAGGUUCAAGAUUAUUAUUCAAGUUAUUGCCCAGUUUGUUUCUCUUCAUUAACAUUUGUUAAUUAGCAUCUUUUAUUGGUGAGAAGGUCUUCAUGAUCACUUCUCUUUUUAUAAGGCCAUUAUAUAUAAUCCCUUUUAAGAGACACAAGCUUUGAUCUCACAAAUCUUUAUUUGUUUUACUUAUCAGCCGCAGAGAUUUUAUCUCCAUACCAGAGCUGGCCAUCAAUCCAAUCGGUGACAGAAUCAUAGAUGCAUUCUUUAUGAACGAAGACAGUCAGUAAGUCAGUCUUCCUUACUAACAAACCAUUGUUAUGUCUGAUUGAGGAAAAUAAUUUUAACUACUUAGGAGGAUGACUUCCAACAACAGAAUGAAAAAUAUAUUAAAAAAGAAGUAAGAGUGGGACCAGUCUAUUGAAGUAAUUUGCUUUUUUAGCCCAAGACAAAUCUACAUUUAGAAAAAGUCAAAGAGUGUUACUGUUAUAAAGGCAUGGUGUAGAAUAGUUCUUUGAGCAACCUUUCUCUAUCAUUCAGUGUCAGUUUGGUUACGAGAGCACCGUUGUGCAAGUGACAAGUUUUUGUUGUGACCACUUCUUUGAAUUAAUGCUGUGGUUGCUUACUAGAGCAUUGACAAUACAUAUGUAGAGGCCACUACUAGGGUAACUACUGUGCUAAGAGGUCCACAUAUAAAUGACACAAAAUAAUUCUGAUGAAUUUAUGAACCUUGCCAAAGGCUUGCAAAAAAAAACUAUGUAGCCAUAAAUGUACAUGUAAAUAAUAUUAAUUGCUUUGGUUUAUUAGGGAAAGAGAUGAAGAGACAUGCAACUUCAGACAGUUUGUUAGGACUUUAGCUCACUUCAGACCUAUUGAUUCUGCCACGGAAAAUCCCUUGAAUAGUAGAGAAAAAAAGAUGCAGUGUAAGUAGAAUUCAUGAUUACAUUCUACACAAUUUUGAAGAUUUAGAAAACAACAUUUCUUGCCAGCCUCUUAAUAAUAUCGUGCUUAACUUUGCUACAGUUGCCUUUAAAAUCUAUGAUUUGGACAAUGAUGGAAAAAUAUCAAAGGAUGACUUGAUGCAGGUACGUCAAUAACUGGUACAAUUAUUAUUAUGACUUAUGACUUGGUAACACAGGCAGACCAAAUCACACAUUUGAUAAGAUAUCUUGAUCUAUCUUGCAAGCUUUAUACAAUUGCCUGUUUUUCCCCACAAGAAAAAGUAUCAUCUCAAGAAAGCUCACAAAGGUUAAUUUGGUAUGAAAAUAGCAGUCUCAGUUAGGUAAAGUGAACAAUGGCUCUGUUAAACUUCUGUUGGUCAACAAGUUUUUGAGAGAGCUGUUCAGUUUCAUUUCUUAAUUAUGGAAUUUAUGUCCAAAAUUCCUUUAACAGGGCUCAAAAAACUUGAAUUCAAGCUUGUUCUUUGGGCAAGCAGCUCUCGCAUUUUGCUCGCCUACUGACACUUCGUGCUCUUCUUUGUUAAUGAUUUUGUAAGAGGAUAACUUGUCGAAACCUUACCCAUGCAUUGAGCAAGUGUGUUCUACAAGUUACUUUCCCAGCGCUACUUGUCUUGGACUUCCGGAGGGUCUUUUUUCGAGCUCUGCUUUAAGAAAUAGGAAACCAAAAUUAAUGUUUGAUGCUUUUUAAUUUUUUUUUUUUGCUACAAAGUUUGUGGCAGCUAUUUUGAAACAAAAUCAAAUGUUACAAAAUUAUUAUUAGAUAAGUUUUUGUUGUCAUUAAUACAUUCUCAAAUAUCGACUGCAUGCUCUAAGCUACAAACUAUAUCAAUAAUUUGAGGCUUACAAACGCUUGGUAGUGAGCAUCGAAGCAUUGGCUAGCCAGUGGUCUUCAAAAUGGCGAAAUUUAAUUUUUAUGAACUGGUAUUAUUGUUAACCAUGUUAACCCAUUCGCUCCUGGAGAUUUUUCCGAAAAACGCGUUUUGAAGCUAGUUGAGUGGUUUUCUGGUCACUGUCGUGCUAUAAAGAGCUAAAACUUACCACAAACCGGUUUACAGGUCGUACACUUCGCAGCCUUCUGAUCCAGAUGCAAAAUAUCAGCUUGCGAAGUUCGGGCAUGCGCAGAAAGCAAAAUUUCGAGAUAGUUUUUGGUUUUAAAAGUGACACAGCGGUCUUGACUUUUACUUUUCGCUUUCUCUCCUCCCUUCUUUCUUCGCUUUUCUUGCCUCAUUUUUUUUUCUCUUGCUGGGCAUUUAGUAGGCUUCAUUUUGGUGGGAAUAGUUUUUAGGAAAGCUUUUAGGAUCUUAGGAUUAGGUGAAAGGAAAGGUAGGUGGGCAAUGGAACAAGAUUUUCAUGGAGAUUUUCAGGUCCAUGUGACGUGGUUUUUUGCUUCUUUCUCCGGUGUCCUUGACUGAAUUUUGCUCAUUCUGGUAUGGUUUGAAAGAUCUCUUCACUCUGCACAAGUUAGCGAAGAAAGUUGUCCUUGACCGUUAAAACUGAUGAUGUCACAAAGGGUAGAAAGGACCUGGAUCCGCACGGGCGGUUACGCGCGGUUCAGGGGCGAAUGGGUUAAUUAUCCUUUUGUUUGUAGGUUCUUCAUAUGAUGGUAGGAAUGAACAUUAGUGAUGAACAACUUGGUGGAAUUGCUGAUCGUGCAAUAAGUGAUGCCGACAUUGACAAGGAUGGUGCAAUUUCAUUUGAAGAACUGAAGAGAGUAAGUAAAUGCGGCUUAUUGUUUAAUUAUUGUUCAAACAGAUUAAUAAUGAUGAUUUUAAGGAUCACGCAGUGUGGAAGUCAAUGUUCCAGUUCUCUCUGUCUAUUGACGUGUUAACAUUGUCCUCCUUUUCCCCUCUCCACCCUCACUGUCCAUGACCUACCAAAUGCUCAGGGCAUCUAUUUAAUUAAUUUUUAGGGGUCCAAGAGGGGGUGUUUACAAUAGACAGGAAGCAUUUAAAAAAGAUAGGCGUUUUUUUCUCAUAACUGUAACAAGCUCAACAAAACUAAUAUGCUUUCGGUGAAAAUAUUAAAGUUUCGAAAUAGUGGAAAAUCCACUCCGUCCAUUGAUAUGUCUAGGCCAUCUGGAGAUCCAUAUCGCUCUUUCAAAUCCCAAUAUCAAUUGACAUAUCAGAGUCCUUGCUCAUUGUUAUUGUGUUGCCAUCAUUAGUCUAUCCUCACUUUAAACUUGACAUUGAACAAGAUGAAAUAUGCAAACCUUUGUUAAUCACACAAGAUACAUGAAUCGAAUAAAUUGAAUGAUUUUGCACUUUUUUGCUAAUUCCUAGGUUCAAGUGACUAACAUGUACUUAAACUUUUUAGUAAAACCUUUUUAAACAGCCAUUGCUUCUUUGAAGAUCUCUAAUGGGAAAAAAUUUUGACUCCAGUAAAUUCAGCAAUAUGGUGUUAAAAAAAUUGCUAAUUUUUGUUGUCUUUUUGACCUUCUAGGUACUGGAAAAUGUAGAUAUGAAUUCAAAAAUGAGCAUCAGAUUUCUGGCUUGAAUCCUUCUGUUCAGCACUGACAUUUUGUAAAUUAUUACUCUUCACAGAAAACCAUGAUAGAUCAUGAGCUAGCUUUUUAAUUCUCAAGAAUUUUUGAACUUAGUUUGGAGCAUAAUGGGCCCUUUCUUUUUGGCUUUUUGUAGGAACCAGAACAAAGGUAAUUGUAAAAGGUAAAGAAACCAAUGAGCACAAUACACCACUCGAUCAGAGUUUUCUUGCUCCGUUUUGUUUCUUUUACUGGUUCUUGCAGAGGGAUGUGAUAUAAGGUGAUGAUGUUUUCAUCAAAUAAAUAAUAUCCCCGUCCCACCAUAAAUAAAGCUAAUGGAAUUACUUGAAAAAAUUCUGCAACUCUUUGCUUUUCAAUGUAAUGAUCAAAUGUAACUUGUUUUUUAAAAAUAUGAUUUUCCAGUUUGACCACAGGUUUUAGGGCAGAUAUUUAUUAUGGCAGUCUCACCUUCUUACAAAAGGUUCAGCUUGGUAAAUAAGAGAUAAAU